GGUCUCAGUGCUCUUCCUGGUCUUUCUGAUCUCCCUGCUCGUCUCGGUCUUGUUGCUUGUCCUGGUCAUCUUGAUCUUAAUUCUCAUCCCGGUCAUCCUAGUCUUCCUGUCUGAUUGCAAGUUGGCCACUCUGUACUUUAAGGCUGUCGACUUUACGCAGUUUACGAAGUAGCCUCGGUCUAAAGUUAAUUCGGGUUCUGAAGUGGAUCAGGAGUCAUGGCGCCAAAGAGGAGGGCUGCGGCCUCCCGCAAGGCAGGAGGGAAGAAGGUGAAGGUGGAGCCGGAGGAGGAGACGCCAAAGCCCCAGGACGCCUUCAGGGCGGCCAAGGAGGCCCUGAAGGCGGCCGGGCCGGAGGUCAAGGGGAGCAGGAAGGUGGAUGAGCGAUGCGGUAUCCCCAGUGCCGAGGUGUUUGAAGACUACGACUGUAUGCUGAACCAGACCAACAUUGAAGACAACAAGAACAACAACAAGUUCUACGUGAUCCAGGUCCUCAAGGCAGACGAUUCCUACUACUGCUGGAGCCGCUGGGGCCGCGUGGGAGAGGCGGGGAAAGGGGCGGCCUCCAGCCCCUACAGCUCAGACCAGGCCAUCAAGGACUUUGAGAAGAAGUUCAAAGACAAGACGAAGAACAACUGGGCGGACCGGGACAACUUCGUGGCCCAGAAGGGGAAGUACACCCUGAUCGAGGUGGACGGGGAUGCUGACGCCGAGAUCAAGGUGGACGAGGUGGACGGGAAGGCCGUGAAGAUCGUCAAGAAUGUCCUUCCAGUCACUCUGGACCCUCCGACCCAGAAGCUGGUGGAACUCAUCUUCAGCCAAAAUAUGUUCAAAGAAGCGAUGGAAUGCAUGAACCUGGACAUUAAGAAGAUGCCCUUAGGCAAGCUGAGUAAGAUGCAGAUCGCCAAGGGCUUCGAGGUGCUGGAGGAGAUGGAGGCGGCUCUGGCCCAGAGGAGCCCCAGGAAGGCGCUGGAGGCGCUGUCCUCACGCUUCUUCACCACCGUGCCGCACAACUUCGGCCGUAGCCGCCCGCCCGUCAUCGACCAACAGGAGAUCAUCGACAAGAAGAAGGAGAUGCUCAUGGUGCUGGCCGACAUUGAGAUCGCCCAGACUCUGCAGUCGGAGACGGAGAAGGCUCUGGCGGAGGAGAAGGUGGAGGACGUCCCUCACCCCGUGGACCAGAACUACAACUCCCUGAAGUGCAGCCUGGAGCUCCUAGAUGGCGCCACAGAGGAGUUCAAGGUCAUUGAAAAGUAUCUGAAGGUAACGGCCAACGACUACAACCCCCCAAAGAUCAACAACGUCUGGAAGGUCAAUCGAGAGGAUGAGGGGGCGCGCUUCCUCGAGAACGACAAGCUGGACAACCGGCGUCUGCUGUGGCACGGGACCAACAUCGCGGUGGUGGCGGCCAUCCUGAAGGGCGGUCUCCGCAUCAUGCCUCACUCCGGGGGCCGCGUGGGGAGAGGGAUCUACUUCGCCUCGGAGAACCGCAAGUCUGCUGGAUACGUGUGCACCUCUAAGAACACGGGCGUCAUGUUCCUGAACGAGGUGGCCCUGGGGAAGGAGUUCACCAUCACCAAAGACGACGGCUCCCUGAGGAAGGCUCCCGACGGCUACGACAGCGUGGUGGCCCGGGGCCACGUGGAGCCAGACCCCUCCAAGGACACCACCAUCACUCUGGAUGGCAAGGAGGUGGUGGUGGCCCAAGGGAAAGCCCUGAAUCAGAGUCGUUUCAAGCAGAGCCACUUCUCCCACAGCGAGUACCUCAUCUACAAGGAGAGUCAGUGUCGCAUCCGGUACCUUCUGGAGCUGAACAUGCACUGAGCGUAGGAGGAGGGCCUAGCGUCACUUCCUCACCCGUCUUAUGGGGUCUGGCUUGGAAGCUUUUGCUGCACUAUUUGCUUGUGUUUUGUCUAACUCAAGCUCUAGGAAUUAGGGUUAGCUAACCCUAUCUCAAGGUCUAAGAGUUAGGGUCAGCUAACUAAAGGUCAAAGAGUUAGGGUUAGCUUACCCUAACUCUUAGACCUUGAGACCUUUAGUUAUAAAUGCACUUAAUAGCUCGGUUAUAUAACUAUAUAUAUAACUUGGAUAUUUUGGCCUGUUUGACUGGACAUUUUCCACAGUGAAUCGAUAAAAAGGUGCCUUAUAUAGUCGGCUCUGUCCCUCUAAAGAAUUGUUAACGCAUGGAACAUUUCUUGUCUUCUACCACUGGAAGUUUGUUAAAAUGCUAUCUUCUGUCCUUCUCCCUGGCUUCGCUUUCUUUUGUCACGAGAUAUUUUGAAGGCUUCUGAUACAUCUAGUUUGUGGUGUAGUUGCGAUUAAUAGGUUUUAGGGUGCAAUGUGGCCCUUAUUUAUCUAGAGCACCAUGCAUAAUUUUGCAAUUUGCACAGUUCGGUACAUCUAGAACGUAUGGAAAUCGAGAAGAAUGUACCUGCAUGCCAUGCUAUAUCUGCUACCCGGUAUCAUCUGAUGAAUACACUAGUGAUAAAUAAUGCACUAUAUAUGUUUACAGAACAUUUUAGAAAUAUAUAAGUGCUGCUAUAGGGAUAUUGCAAUCAUUUUACAAAAAAUAUAUGCUGUAGGUUUUUACCGCUAAUAUUAUGGUUUAUUAUUGCAUAGUUAUUACUAAAAGUUGCUUCGCUAUUUACCCAAAAUAUAUUCCGGGCAAGUUCUUUUCUCCACCACUGGGUGUCGCUGGCGUCCAUUCUGGUUCUAUGUUGAAUUCUACUGCCUUACCCUUUUUGCACCACGACCGCCCUAUGAAGAGUCAAUAAACAGUACUGACCACCUCC